AUGGGCCCCAAGGCCGCCUCCGGCUUCUACCUGGGCAGGAAGCCCGCCGCCCUGCUCGCGCUGCUGCUGGCCGCGCUGCUGCUGGCCCUGGCCGUGCUGGGGGCUCUGUACGGGCGCUGCCUGCAGGAGGUGGAGGAGCUGCGGGCUGCAGCGGCUCCCCCCUCGCCCACAGCCGGCCCGGAGGAGGAGGGCGCCGGCUGCUGCCCCCCAGCUCCCAGCCCCAGUCCCGGCAGCACGCGCCCGCCGGGGGUCUGGGACAACUCCCGCCUGCCCCGCGCUCUGCUGCCCCUCCACUACGAGCUGCGGCUCUGGCCCCGGCUGAGCCCCGGCCAGCCCGGCCCCUUUGUCUUCUCCGGGCAGGUGAACAUCACGGUGCGCUGCGCCCAGGACACGGCCACCGUCCUGCUGCACAGCUCCGAGCUGGAGCUGUGGGGGGCGGCCGUGCGGGGGCCCCUGCUCGAGGGGCCGGACGGCGGCGGCGGCGGCGGCAUCGAGGUGGCGGAGCUGUGGCUGAAGGAGCGGCAGGAGUACGCGGUGCUGGAGCUGCGGCGGAGCCUGCGGGCCGGCGGGCGCUACGUGCUGCAGCUCAGCUUCAGGGGGCCCCUGAGCGAGAAUCUAGACGGGCUCUUCCUCACCCGCUACACGGACCAGGGGCAGAGCAGUAUGCUGAUUGCAUCACAGCUUGAACCAACAUAUGCCAGGACUGUUUAUCCCUGCUUUGAUGAACCUGCCAUGAAGGCAACCUUUAAUAUCAUAAUUGUCCAUCAUCCCAGUUAUGUGGCCCUUUCCAACAUGCCUGCUAUAGAUACAUCUGAAAUGAAAGAUGAGAAUGGAAGCCUAUGGACUGUUACCACAUUUAACACGACACUGAAAAUGUCAACUUAUCUAACUGCUUUUGUGGUUUGUGACUUUGAUUACAUCACCAGGACUGAAAGGGGCAAUGAGAUACGUAUUUGGGGUCGUAAAGAAGCAAUUAAAAACGGACAUGCUGACUAUGCUUUAAAUAUCACAGGCCCACUUUUUUCAUUUCUGGAAGAUUUAUUUAACAUCAGCUACCCUCUUUCAAAAACAGAUCUGGUUGCACUGCCUGAUUUUGGAGCAGGUGCUAUGGAAAACUGGGGGCUAAUGACUUUCCGAGAAUCAACCUUGAUGUACAUCCCAAGUGAUCAAUUCGGAAGCAAAAAGGCUAUGAUUUGCCUAAUUGUUUCACAUGAGCUAGGACACCAGUGGUUUGGAAAUCUGGUUACCAUGAAUUGGUGGAAUGAUCUAUGGCUUAAUGAAGGAUUUGCAUCUUACUUUGAAUACAUUGGUGCUAGCUACAUAGAACCCAGACUAUCACUGAAUAAAUUCUUUUAUUAUCACAUGUUACAACCUGUCUUAAGGGUGGAUAAAGAAAUAGCAGCUCAGUCAUUAUCAGCAAGAGAAGAAAAAAUCAACGGAACAUUUUCACUAGUUGGCCUAUUUGACAUCUUCACUUACAACAAGGGGGCCUCCAUUAUCUGGAUGCUUUCCAGCUUUCUGACUGAGAGGCUGUUUAUCAAAGCACUCAGUUCAUACCUGAAAGCAUUUUCCUUUUCAAGCGUUAACCAAGAUGAUCUGUGGACACACAUACAAAUGGUUGUAGAUGCACAGAAUGAAGUUCAGUUGCCAGCAUCAGUAAAAAAAAUAAUGGACUCCUGGACAUGCCAAAAUGGGUUUCCAGUUUUAACAUUCAAUCUGUCCACCGGCAUUAUCAGUCAGGAACAAUUUUAUAAUAAAAGGACAGAAAACAAUACUACUUACAAUAACACAUGGAUUGUUCCUAUUUCUUGGAUAAGAAAUGGAUCUGCACAACCCUUAGUCUGGCUAGAUAAAAGUAGCAAAAUGUUUCCUGAAAUGCAAAUAUCAGAUUCAGAACAUGACUGGAUUUUGUUAAAUAUGAAUAUGGCUGGGUACUACAGAGUUAAUUAUGAUCCAUUACAUUUGAAGAGAUUAGCACAACUGCUUGAAAAAGACCCAAAGGCUAUUCCAGUUGUCAACAGGUUACAUUUGAUAGACGAUGCUUUUACAUUGGCACAGGCUGGAUAUAUUGAGAUUGAGUCUGCAUUUGAACUAACAAAGUACCUUGCCAAAGAAGAUGAAAUAUUUGUGUGGUAUUCAGUACUGUCAAACCUAAUACCUGACAAUUUGGAAAAUAUUCUGAACAACUAUGAAUUAUAUCCCUUUUUAAAGAAAUAUCUGUUAAAGAGAAUAUUGCCAAUAUACCAUUAUUAUGCAAGUAUUAUUCAUCAAAAUGUUGAUGCUUUGGCAGAUGACUAUUUUGAUCAAAUUCAUUUGGAAAAACUUAUUAAUACAGCAUGUUGGCUGGGCCUCCAAGACUGUUUAAACCUAUCUUCUGAACUUUACACUAAGUGGAUGGAGAACCCUGACAAUGAGAUUCCCUUUACUAUUAAAAGAACAAUCUGUUGUUAUGGUGUUGCAAUGGGAAGUGAUAAAGAAUGGGACUUUGCAUGGAAAAUGUAUAAUCAUAAUAAUUCCACAGAAAUAGAUAAGGAUAUAAUGCUCUUUGCCAUGAGUUGCACCAGAGAGUCAUGGUUGCUUUACAGAUAUUUGCAGUACUCACUCAACAAUUCAUUAUUGUCUUCUGAUAAUAUAUCCAUAGUCAUUUCAAAUGUGGCAGCUACUGAGAUUGGCCAACGCAUAGCAUGGGAAUUUGUAACAGAAAAUUGGCUAGUUUUAAAUGAAAGGCAUAGGAAUGGAAUACUACAGAAAUUAUUGAGAGUUAUGGAAAACUUUGUCAAUACAGACUUACAGAUCCAAGAAUUGCAGCUUUUUUACAAUACUACACUGGACAAGGAUCUACGGAUUGCUACUACUGAAACAUUGCAGUUUGCAAAGUUUGCAAAUAAUGAAAGGAGAAAACUCAUAGCCAGAUUUACUGAUUGGUUACGGAAAAAUAUAGAUGACUGACUUCUGAAACCUGUUUCUCAUAUCUAUUCUAAUAUAUAUUAGAAUAUAGCUUGCUAGCAUUUUUAUACUAUUUUAUGAUUUAAUAAAGAGAUGAAGCACAUGAUUUAUAUUCGAAACCAAAGAUUCUAACCACAAAGCCAGGCCGACCUCAUUCACAAUGGAAGGAUAAAAUUCUACAGAAAACAUGCAAGAAAACUAUUUGCAUAUUACAUCUAUCUUAUUUCCAUACAGGAUGAUGCUUGAGAGACUUAUCCUUAAAUAAAGUCAAGAAAAAUCUGCAGAAACAUUUUUUAAACAUGUCAGCACUUUGGAGGACUCAGCCCUGUGAUUAAAACACAGGACUGGAAGUUAGAAGACUUGGGUUUUAUUCUCUGUUCUGCUGCUGGCUUGGUGUGUGACCUUUAGGCAAGUCAUUUAAUCACACUGAACCUCAGUUUUUGUAUUUGUGAAAAGGGAAUGGGGACAAUAAUACAUAAGUUAGAGCAGUGUUAUGGAACUUUAACUCUUGAACAUUUGUUUGUAAGCGCUUCUUGAUCCUCAGAGGGAAGCCACUACAGGAAUCCAAAGCUUAAGUUUUUAUAUAUUGAGUGCUUUUUCAUCUGCACUAAAUUUCAUUAGAAAAUUUGUAGAAGUUUUACUUUCUUCCUCCCUAUUAUUAGGCUUAAUGGAGAUGACUGACAGCCAAAUAAAACUCAGGCCAUUAGUAUUAAAGCACGUCUAUUAGCUUUUGGUUAAAGUGUAUUAGUUUGUGGGUUUGUUUAUUUGCACAGUUAACAAAUUAUGAAAAAAUGAAGUUGCACUACUACCCCUAUAAACAGAGAAAGUAAUAUUACAUUACCCUAGGGAAACCCAGUGAGGAAGUAACAGGCAGUGUUAUAAAGGAAAUAAAGAGCACAAACAGACCAAUAUCCAGGAUUUCAAAAUCAGAGUUUUCAAUGUGGAAAAUCCUUUGUUGGGUUCCCAGUGCACAUCCAAGGAAGCUGACAGCCACAUCCUUAGCCCCAACUUAGGGUAUGUCUAAACUUGGAGCUGGGGGUUGCGAUUCCCAGCUUGAGGAGACAUGUAGCUGU